AUGGCACGAAUCAAGCUUGAUCUGAGCUCGGACGAGGAGCCCACGGUAUCGUUCAAGCGCAAAACGGUCAAGAAGGCCGCCAAGCCCAAAUCUGCGGAGAAAGAGUCAGAUGAAGAGCCCAGUAUGGUGUUCAAAUCGAAGAUCAAGGCCGUCAAGCUGGUCAAAAACGAACAGACCCGCUCCAACGAGUACCAGCAGGAGCUGGACGAGAUGAAGAACAAUUUUGGACACCUGCAAACGAAAGAGGAGAUUGGUAGCUUCAAAACUGACACUACCGGAGAGAUCAAGACAACCAAGAAGGUCACAUUCGAGGGUGUACCAGACACCAAGGACGAGCCCUCCUCCUCCGCAGACUUUAUCUCACUGUCGGGAAUGGAACACAGCAACACAGACUUGCCUGCCACAUCCAAAGAAGGCUACACGGCGUCUCUGGAUGACGGGUACGACUCGGAUCUGUCUAUAUCCGAGGGGAGAGAUUUUCAGGACGAUCUACUGGUGAUUGGCGAGUCUGGGGUGUCGGACCAGGCCGAUGCUAGAAGAGCCGAUAUGGCUGAAGCCAUCUACGAGGCGCAGUUGACUGCAAGUGAAGAUGACGAGGAGGACAGGAGAGGAUGGGAGAAGUCGCAGUUCCGGUCGUCGGGUGUAUUCAAGGAUGACUCCACGUCGGAAACUAAGUACCGGGAGUCCACUGAUCACGAGGCUCAUAAUCUGGCGCUGAAAAAGCUGCAUUCGGUGCCGGAGAUUCCGUCUCUGACAGAUGUAGUGGAGUCCAUCAAGCAGCGCAAGGUAGACAUGGACGCGCGCAAAUCUGAUCUUGAGCUGACGCUAGAGCAGUACCAGCGCGAGAUUUCGCUCAUUGAGGAGCGUCAGAAGGAGGUGGCCGAUCUGGUCAACAAGCAGCUGGCUCUUUAG